GCUCUGGGAGCACGCAGCGCGGCGAUCGGUGGUGCUCUGUGUCCAAUCAAGGGAAAGAGCCUAAGAUGUUGGCUCGGUCAUGUGAUCAGCUGUGUCCAAUCACAGCUGAUCACAUGGGACAUGGGCACUGAUCAUCAGGGCACUGAUGAUCAGUGUGGCCUGAUGAUCAGAGUGGCCCCAGCAGUGCCACCUGUCAGUGCCCAUCAAUGGCACCUGUCAGUGCCACAUCAAUGCCACAUAUCAGUGCCUACCAGUGCACAUCAAUGCCACAUAUCAGUGCCCAUCAGAGCUGCCUUUCAGUGUCACCUGUCAGUGCCGCCUAUCAGUGCCAAUCAGUGCCACCUAACAGUGCCAGCCAGUGUCGCCUAUCAGUGCCUUAUAUGAGUGCUGCCUUUCAGUGCCCAUCAGUGAUGCCUGUCAAUGCCCAUCAGUGCCACCUAUCAGUGCCCAUCACUG